AUGAUCAUCCCAUGGACCGAGCCUCCACUCGUGGUGGUAGGAGGAAGCACAGUGCUACCUGUUGGUGCUGCAUUUUUGAAGAUAUCCAUUGGCCCAGCCACAGGAGUUGUUGAAGCUGCUGUUUUGGAAGAUAAUGUACUUCCCCUCAUUAUAGGCCCAGUUCCAAAGACUGCCUACAACGCCAACUACGCCCAAGACCACUACGCCAACGUCCGCGACACCAAAGCCCACCAUGCCAACGCCCACCACGCCAACGCCCACGACACCAAAGCCCACCACGCCAACCCCCACGACACCAAAGCCCACCACGCAAACGCCGACCACGCCAACGCCCACGACACCAAUUCCCACCACGCCAACUACCACUACGCCAAAGCCCACAACGCCAUCGCCAACUACAACAAAGCCCACCACGCCGAAGACAACCACGCCAGCGCCCACCACACCGAAGCCCACAACGCCAACACAAACUACGCCAAAGCCCACUACGACAAUGGCCACGAUGCCGACACCCACUACUACCACGCCAACAACAACGCAAGGCAGGACUGCUAG